AUGUUAAAGAUACUAGCAAAUAAAAAUACUAAUAGUAUCCAUAAUGCUGGUAUGUUUAAUGAUAAAGCUGCAGGAAAUAAUAGAUCAGACGACAUCCCUAAUGAACAAAAUCCUAGUGUUCCAACAAUUUGUGAUGAAAUAGAAAAUGAAUCAUCACAAAUUAAUGAGCGACACGUUUGCAACCAUUAUGAUGAAGAGGUUAACCAGGAGGAUAAUCAAGUAAAUACACUUAAUAUUGAUGGAUAUCAGCCUCUAUUCAAAGCAAUAGAUGUACUAGACUGGAAAACGGUUAAGAAAUAUAUACACGAUCACCAAACAACCAUUAAAGAAAUCUUCAUAACAAGAGAUUCGAGAAAGGAAAUUCAUACUAUUCUCAACGCAGCUGCAUGCUGUCACCAGUUUACGUUUCUGAAGGAAUUUCUGAAAAUGGUGCCGCCAGAAAUGCUUGAAUUUGUGGACCCAGAUGUUGGGUAUACAAUAUUGCACAAAGUUGCUCACUUGGGAGAAGCAAAAUUUGUGAUGGCGUUGGUGGAGAAGAACUCCAACCUGAUGCAAAUCCGGAGUUCCAGUAACGAUAAACAACAAUGUGUGCCACUCGUCACGGCGGCUGGAAGUUGUGUUUCAGAUGGACAAAAGGAAGUGGUGGAGUAUCUAUGGUCUGUAACUAGAGACACCCACCCAAGUCCAUUCACUGGUGAACAGGUUUCUGUGCUACUCAUCGGUUUAGUGAGAGCCAGUAUGUAUGGUAUUGCAUUAUCUGUAUGCCAACGAUUCCCAGGAUUGGUGAAAGUGGAAAUGGCGGAGGUAUUAAAUAUUAUUGUGGAGAGACCGUUUGCAUUUUUAAGUGGAUCAAACCUAAACUGGUGGCAACGCAGCAUCUAUGCAUUGCCUCUUAUCAGGAAGUUAUACGAUCAAAAGUUAAUGCACAAACAAGCUGUUGCGUUGACAAAGUAUUUCCUAGCACUGCUACAGAAAAAAAGAUUGGACAAGGUGGGCGUUAAAGAAAUCUUUCUCAAAUUAAAUUUGUUGAAGAUGGCUAUGAAAUUCGGAACCACAGAAUUCGUACUGGAGUCUUUACGGGUAUUUCCUUUCCUAUGUUUGCAUGAAAAUGAGGGAGAUAUAAGUCACACAUGUUUAAAGUUGGUCCUCCGCGAGCGGAAUGAAAUGAUAUAUAAUUUCAUGUGUAUCCUAAAACAAGGAAACCUACGCGAUAUGGUUUCUACACUCGACGAGAGCAAUAAUAGUAUCCUUCAUUACUGUGCCGAGUUACCUCAUAACCGACGACUCAAUGCUAUAUCUGGUGCAGCAUUUCAGAUGCAACAAGAAAUACAAUGGUUCAAGUGGGUGGAAAGUACAAUGGUACCAGCAGAUAGGUUUGUAAGAAACAAAGAUGGCGAUACAGCUCACAUGUUAUUCACGGAGAAGCACAAGGGACUGAUGAAGGAAGGAGAGAAGUGGAUGAAAGAUUUAUCUACAUCGUGCAUGGUAGUAGCUGCUCUAAUAUCUACUGCAGCAUUUACCGCUGCUAUCACAGUACCUGGAGGAAACCAUGCUAAUGGUCUUCCAGUAUUAUUGAAUUGGAAUUCUUUUAUGGUAUUUGUCGCAGCAGAUUCCUUGGCUCUUUUCUCCUCGAUCAUAUCAGUGCUAAUGUUCUUGGCUGUAUUCACAUCACGGUAUUCUGAAGAAGAUUUCUUAAAAGCCCUACCACAAAGACUAAUAUUAGGUCUUGCAACACUAUUCAUAUCGAUGGCCAGCAUAUUGGUUUCAUUUGGAGCAACUUUUAUAAUUAUUCUCGGAAAACGGAUUCAUUGGGCUCCGGUAUCUGUAUCGCUCUUCAGUUGUGCUCCAGUACUAUUGUUUGGGUUUCUGCAAUUCCCAUUGUUUGUUGAAAUGGUAAUUUCCACUUACUGGCCUAUAAUUUCACGGAAACAAGACUAUCGUAUUUAUGAGCCAUACUUCUCAGAAACAGAGUGGACUAUGUUCUUGGGAAAGAAAAAGGGUGAGAGGUGA